AUGUUCAUUUGGGGGCUCCUCUCGACGGAAGGACCCCAACAGCAGGGCUUGGCGCUUAAGGCUUUGAGCGCUGGCGCCAUACCUGUGAUUGUGGUGAGGGAUUGGGUGAAACCUUUCCCGGAGAAGGUGGACUGGUCUUCGUUCUCCUUCACCUUUAGCCCAGAUGAAGUGCCUCAAAUGAUCGAGGUCCUGAGAUCACUCUCUAUGGCAGAGACAGAGGAAAUGCAGCGCAGAGCGAUCGAGGCAUAUUGGAAAAUUUACGGCGGCACGACGAACUAUUCCUGGAUUUCUAGAAUCACCAUCGAGAUUCUUAGCGAACGGCUGGGAUACCACAGGCCAUGA